GAAAUUCAGUCACGGUGCCCCACGGCGACACGCCAAUAUACCAGCCAAAGAUUCCCCAUGGGGCGCCUUGCGCUCGUCCAACCUCUCCGGUAAUCGCCAAAUCGGGCAAAGCCAUCCAUCCCCGACGGCGAAGGCCGGACCCCGGGCGGAACCCGAGACCUAGCCCAUCGCCGCCCACAAUGCGCCGCAUCCUCCUCGUUCUCGCGGCCGCAGCGGCGGUCGUCGUCGCCGUCGCCGGCGCCGAGCCCGUCCUCCGCCAGGUUACGGACGUCCCCACCGCCGUGUCCUGGGGCGUCUCCGACGCGGACGCGCUCUUCUGCGACAGCUGGAGGCUGUCGGUGGAGACGGCCAACGCGGGCCCCUGGCGCACCGUGCCGGCGCGCUGCGGGGCGUCCGUGCGCGCGUACAUGGAGGGCGAGCGCUACGCGUCCGACUCCGCCGUCGCGGCCGCCGAAUCCCUCGCCUUCGCCGCGCAGGCGCUCGCGUCGGGCGAGGGGGGAGCCAUGCCGGCCUGGGUGUUCGACGUCGACGAGACGCUGCUCUCCAACGCACCCUACUACGCCGUCAGCGGAUGGGGGUUACAGGAAUUCAACGAGACCUCAUUUGAUGCAUGGGUAGACGUAGCGAAAGCACCUGCAUUACCAUCUAGCUUGAAACUGUACAAUGAACUGCAAGGACUUGGUUUCCAUAUUAUCCUCUUGACUGGACGAAGUGAAUUGCAGCGAAAUGCUACAGAAGACAAUCUAUUGUUUGCGGGCUACAAUUCAUGGGAAAAACUCAUACUGAGGCGAAUCUCUGAUAUUGGCAAGACCGCUGUGCAAUACAAAUCAGAGAGGCGAGCUGCGAUGGAAGCGGAAGGGUUCAAGAUACUUGGAAACUCUGGGGAUCAAUGGAGUGAUUUGAUAGGAUUGCCAAUGGCAACGAGAUCCUUUAAGCUUCCAAAUCCAAUGUACUUCAUCAGCUGAUUUUUUAUUGGUGGCGCUGAAGAAAAUAGCUAUAGCUAUUCUUCUUGUACAACACUCCAACCAUUUUUAUGGCCCCGCCCUCAAAGUUGUUUUGGCGGUCUUAAUUUGUAAGAAUUCUUGAAUCACAAAUGUGGACUCAUCUUCAACUACGUCAGUAGCUGGGUUGGGUACCAGCAAAUUUUCCA